AUGCCGAAUGCUAGCAACCUUGGUGAUGACAUGCAAGUUGACAUGCCUCAGACGAAAAGAGCUCGAAUAACUUCGCAAAGCAGCGGUGUUGCCGAAAGUACUGAAACUGAUUGGCUUAACGUAGUUCUUAAUAAACAAGAGGUGGAUCCUAGUUGUGAAGCCUGGGAUUUCUACUUUCAAGACUCUCAGGUGCCAAAACAUAAGGCUCCUAAUUCUGACAUUACCUUCGCUACGCCUUUCGUCUUCAAGCCCGUAAAUCCGGCCCAGGGAUUUCCAACUGGUGAUUUACCAAACUCUUCUCGAAGACAAGAAUCUUUAUUCUCUUCAAACUAUCCGUCUUUCUCUGCAAAUACUUUAUCCGAAGACCAAGUCGGUAAGAUAGUUGAGAUUCUUGGAACUGUAUUGGAAGAACGUGAAGAAGGACAGUUUACAAGACAUUUAUCAAUAGAAAAGUUCAUGAAAAUUUUUGAUGAUGCAGACAAUUUUUUAUUAUAUCACUCCUCACCUGUUGAAAUUGAACCAAAUAAUAGUGAUCUAGAAGCUUUCUUUUGGUAUUACCGUAGAGGAACUGGUACAUGGAUUGAAAAACUUCUUAGAGGUUCUUUUCAACCAAGUAAUGUCAUAAGCUAUUCAAUUAGUCAAUCUUCGAUAAUGUCAUCUUCUUGGAGCACUUAUCCUCAAGCUCCAAGGGUACUGGAUCCUUGUAUGGGAAUAGGUUCUUUUCUUUGCGAGUUCAUACAUCGUGUAACUCUUGCUGCACGACAAUGUCCUUCAGUGUGGCAUGAUCCAAAAGCAAUUUCCCAUCUUCUUCAAUCUUUAACAGAAAAUAUUUGGGGUAUAGAAAUCGAUGCGUUCGCGUUUCACCUUUGCAAACUUAACAUAACGAUACACAUGUUACCACUUUACAAACGCUUCGUUCAACUUUCCUAUCCGAAUGAAAUUAAAUUACCACGCUUACAUCUUUUUUGUAAUGAUACUUUAAAUUUAUAUCUCCCAAAGCGAGAACUUACAUGGGAAUAUGAUAAUUUAUGGCUACUGCGUUCUCCUCAACGUCUUAAAUUUGAUUAUAUAGUAACUAAUCCUCCCUAUAUGAUUCGAAAGACUGGAUUCAUAUCAGAGCCUGACAGUGAACUUUUUGAUGAACGAGUGUUGGGUAAAGGUGGCAUGCAAGCUUAUGCUUACUUUUUUUGGUUUUGUGUCGAAAGAUGUCGGGAAGAGGCUGGGGAAAUAUGCCUUAUUAGUGGUAAGCCUCCUAUUACUUCAGAACCACCAACAAUAUUUUUACGAUACAUGAAUCGCAAAGCAACAUUACAGGAGACUCUAAAAGCUUAUGCAAACUUUAAUCCAAACAAUACACCCUUCGAUAAAGAUAUGCAUUGUAAAAUAACACCACCUUAUCCACACACUAUUCUUCCUUCUCCUACAAGACCAAAUACCAAUCCGGUAUAUGCUCUCGUUGUUCGAACAUCAUGGGCAUAUUCUAAAUUUGGUAAAGAAGUAUGUAGACAAGCCGAAUUUUGGCAAAAAAUGGGUGAUGAACUUCGACUUGAAAAAAAGGAAAGCUCUCCCGCAGAAGCUUAUGUUCCAUUCCUUUCAUAUAAUUCAUGUGGUUCUACUAUAUCUAAAGAUGGACUUGAACAAGAAAAGUCCAUGUAUUCUCUAAUAAUGGUUGAUCGUGAUGCAGUAGAUAAAGUUCGUAAAGAUUUUGGUGAAACCAGUGAAUUCUGGAUUUACCUUAAAGAAGCUCGAAAAUAUUUACAAACUAGCAUGACAUCACGAGAAGUCGCUUAUUGUGGAACUAGUAAAUGCGGGUAA